UGAUUGUAUAUUGCCCUUUGAAACCCUCAAGGGUUUUGUUUUAGGGUUUUUCAAGUGAAACCCGAUUACAGAAAAAGCACAAAAUCCAGAAGCUUAAAUCGCAUACAAGUCGUAAAUUCAAUCCACAGGUCAGUGACAUCUACAACAUAACAAUUUCCACUCACAAUGUUCAAUCUCAUCGGCAAAAACUUGGCAUUUCCUGUGUUCAAAACACCAUCGAUUAAUAGACUGUUUCCUCGCUCAUCAUGUUCAUCACCAGCAGCAGCAUCAGACAACUCAUUUACAGUUUCUUACCUCGUAGACUCAUGUGGAUUUCCUCCAGCCAAGGCGAUUUCAGCUUCCAAAUACUUGCACAUCAAAACCCCAGAUCGAGCAGACUCUGUGAUAACAUUUUUUAAGAAUCAAGGGUUCACAGAAACUCAAAUCUCAGAUUUGGUUCGAAAGUUCCCCAUGGCUCUCACAUGUAAUCCCGAAACAAAUCUUUUGCCGAAAUUCGAGUUCUUAAGUUCCAUAGGACUUUCAGAUUCUGAUAUUGUCAAGUUAUUAACUGCAAGACCCAAAGCCCUAGGCAGAAGCUUGAAGAAUCAUUUAGAACCUACCUUCAACUUACUUAGAGAUUUACUUCAAUCCGAUGAUAGAACACUCAUUGCAAUCAGGAGGUGUGCGUGGGUCUUGGAUUGGGAUUUCAAAGCAAAUGUGAUUCCAAAUAUGCAAAUAUUGCGUGAUGUUGGGGUGCCUGGAUCAAAGAUGUUGUAUCUGUUAACUUAUCAGCCUAGAGAUUUCUUAGUCACUACAGACCAGUUCAAAAAGGCUGUGGAGGAAGUUGUGGAGAUGGGGUUUGAUCCUUUGAAAUCAAGUUUUAUGUUAGCUGUUCAUGCUGUUAGAUCAAUGAGCAAGUCCACUUGGGAGAAGAAGAUGGAGACUUACAAGAAAUGGGGUUGGUCUGAAGACCAGAUCUUGCUAUCAUUUAGGACUGAUCCAUGGUGUAUGAUGAAAUCUGAGGAGAAAAUCGAUAAAGUGAUGGAUUAUCUUGUUAAUAAGAUGGGGUUUGAGACAUCACUUAUUGCAAAGAAUUCUGUAAUUAUUUCAUUGAGUAUGGAGAAAAGGAUUAUUCCAAGAUGUUUGGUUUAUCAAUAUUGUCUGGACAACGGAUUGAUGAAUGAUAAAAAUUACUGUGGUUUCUGCUGGUGGUUGAAGUGCUCGGAGGAUAUAUUUGUCAAGAGAUUGAAAAGAUAUGAGGAAGAAGCUCCAGGUGUUUUGAAAUUCUAUCAGGAAAAGUUGGAUCUUGCAAAAUGAUCUAGAUGGUAAUCUGUUCCAACUAUGUUGUAAUUGUUGUUGAUUCCUUUAGCAAAUCUAUCUCCUUGUUGAUGAUGAAGAUAGUUUUGAUAAUGUUGGCGUAUUUAAAGUAUAAAUUUACUUAGAGCA